GUUGAGAAAUGAAAUUAAUGGCAAAUUCGUAAAUUGUGCACGUUCGUCGUCAUUCUCGUUCAGUUCCUACCUCUGCAAAUUGAACUUCAAAGUUCGAACCCUAAACUCACUGAGCGAGGUGAGCUCUCUUUAAUUAUAAACGUUUUUAUAACACUGAGUGACACAGAGUCGAGUCGACUCGGCCGAGUCAAAAAUGGACACGCACUCGUCGCACCUCACAGCGCCGAACCGCUCCCGAAGCUCUCAGUCUCCAUCUCCGUCUCACUCCUCCGCCACCUCCUCCAUCCACAAGCGCAAGCUCGCGUCUGACGACCACGCUCCCCCUUUCCCUCCCUCCUCCCUCUCCGCCGACACUCGCGACGGCGCUUUGACCUCCAACGACGACCUCGAGAGCAUCUCCGCCCGCGGUGGCGGCGCCGACUCUGACUCCGACGACGAUUCCGACGAGGAAGCCCCCGAAGCCGCAAACGCCGAAGACUCCGACGAAGACGACUCCUCCAUUCGCACCUUCACCACAGCUCGCCUCGACGCCGCCAACGCGGGUGGAGGCUCCGGCUCGGCUCGCAACACGAAGAUCAAGACGGAGAAUUUGAGCUCCUCCGCCACGGUUAAGAUCGAGAAUUCGGAUGGCACGAAGGACGGUGGGGCCCAGGGGACCGGUCCGGCGGGUCCCACAGCUCCGGCCGGAAGCUCGGUGCCUGGAAUCGUUGUUAAAGAAGACGCCACGAAGAUCUUCACUGAGAACAUUCAGACCAGUGGAGCUUAUAGCGCCAGAGAAGAAAGUUUGAAGAGAGAGGAAGAGGCAGGAAGGCUCAAGUUUGUGUGUCUAGCAAAUGAUGGAGUUGAUGAGCAUAUGGUUUGGUUGAUUGGAUUGAAGAAUAUUUUUGCAAGGCAAUUACCUAACAUGCCUAAAGAGUACAUUGUCCGCCUUGUUAUGGAUAGAAGCCAUAAAUCUGUAAUGGUUAUCCGACGUAAUUUGGUUGUUGGUGGUAUCACAUAUCGCCCAUAUAUCAGCCAGAAGUUUGGGGAGAUAGCUUUUUGUGCUAUCACAGCUGAUGAACAAGUAAAAGGUUAUGGCACCAGGCUGAUGAAUCACUUAAAACAGCAUGCACGUGAUGUAGACGGGCUAACUCAUUUUCUGACAUAUGCUGACAAUAAUGCUGUGGGCUAUUUUAUCAAACAGGGUUUUACCAAAGAGAUCCACUUGGAGAAAGAUCGAUGGCAUGGGUAUAUAAAAGAUUAUGAUGGAGGAAUCCUUAUGGAAUGCAAAAUUGAUCCAAAGCUUCCAUACACAGAUUUGUCAACUAUGAUUCGCCGUCAGAGACAGGCAAUUGAUGAAAAGAUAAGAGAGCUCUCAAACUGUCACAUCGUUUAUUCUGGAAUUGAUUUUCAGAAGAAAGAAGCUGGUAUUCCCAAAAAAAUCAUCAAAGUUGAGGAUAUUCCAGGAUUGAGGGAGGCUGGGUGGACCCCUGAUCAGUGGGGCCAUUCACGGUUUAGAAUUGUAAGCGCUUCUACAGACAGUGUCACUCAUCAAAAACAUCUGACUGCAUUCAUGCGCUCGCUUCUAAAGUCGCUGAAUGACCAUGUUGAUGCUUGGCCAUUCAAGGAACCAGUUGAUGCACGAGAUGUCCCCGACUAUUAUGACAUCAUCAAAGAUCCAAUGGAUCUGAAGACAAUGUCGAAGAGGGUAGAGUCCGAGCAAUAUUAUGUAACAUUUGAGAUGUUUGUUGCGGAUGUUAAAAGGAUGUUUGCCAAUGCUCGCACCUACAACUCCCCCGAGACCAUUUAUUAUAAAUGUUCAACCAGGUUGGAAUCCCAUUUUCAAAGCAAAGUUCAUUCAGGUCUCCAAUCAGUUAACAAAAUUCAGCAGUAACGGAUUCCAUAUAUGUAGUACUCUUUUCUGAAGUAUAUCUGCAUGUGGAUCAUGUCACUCAUGGGUCACGAUGAUUUUUUUUCUUGUUCUAUGAGGUUCACAUAAUGGGUGGAAUACCAUACGUGGAGAAUCACUCUGCUACAAUGGCCAAUGGUCACUCCACCAAGUCCAAUCACAGGACAACCAACUCAGCUAUUAUCAUUGUAGGAAAACAGCUUUAGGAUGAAUAAUGGAAUUGUUUCUUGCCGACAGAUAUUUAUGUAUUAUGUAGUUACAAUUGUCAAAUUAAUUUGUAAAAUUUUCCGUAAAAUUAAUAGUAGCUGUAAUACUUUUCUGAAA